UGUAGUGAAAAGUGAAGGAUAAUUUUUUAGGGAUAUUUGUGUAACGAAUUGAAUAAAGUGAAUGCAGGAGUUUCAUGAUGAUCAAUAUUUUGAUGUUACAUUCAUUUAUAUAUUAAAUGUGUUUAUUUUAAUUAUAUAUGAGUUAAUUAUUGAAAAAUUUACUUAUUUUUAUGUAUUCUGUGUGAUUUUGUGACAAUGCAAUGGUCGGGCUAUCAGAGCUCGACCUUGGGGUUCUACAUUAUAUUAAUCGGGUGUUUGGGAGCUGUUUUUGGAGCACUAGGUGAUCCAUAUCAAGUGUUAGGUGUUGAUAAAUCAGCAAAUCUACAAGAAAUACGUAAAGCCUAUAAGCAGUUAGCAAAAGAAUGGCACCCUGAUAAAACGGAUGAUCCAAAAGCAGAAGAAAAAUUCGUUGAAAUCAAACAAGCUUAUGAAUUAUUGUCAGACUCAGAAAGACGUAAAGCAUAUGAUCAACAUGGAAUUACCGAAGAUACAACAAAUAUGCAUCAACGUCAUGAUUACUCACAGUAUGAACGAUUCACUGCCGAUCCUUUCGAAGAAUUUUUCGGAGGGAAAAAUAGAUUCCAUUUCAAAGAACAAGAUAUUACAUUUUUCCAUAAACUGUCGAUAACUACUAGGCAUUUUGAUUUAAAUCUUACUCCCAAAAGUAAACGAGUUCCACAUCUUUUACUAUUUUAUACGGACUGGUGUUUUCCAUGUAUACAAGCCGCUCCAAUUUGGCGUCGAAUGGUAGAUCAAUUAGAACCCUUAGGCGUUGCUGUUGCAACUGUACAUGCGGGACAUGAAGCAACACUUGCUCGACGUGUUAGUGUUCAUUCAUUACCUUGUAUUGUACUUUUAAUCGAUGAAGAAACUUUUGUCUACAAAGAAAGCGUGUAUAGUGUUCAGCGAGUUGUUGAAUUCAUUAAAAGUAGACUACCGUAUAAAAUAGUUCCAAAAUUAAAUGAUAAUACAAUUGAAGAUUUUCUUGCUGGUUGGGGUGACAACCGUGUUCGUGGUUUGGUAUUUGAACCUAAAAAAACAGUUCGAUUGAGAUAUUUGUUAUCUGCUUAUCAUUAUCGGGAUCGAGUUGCAUUUGGGUUUGUUGAAAUUGGAAUCCCCGAAACUGAAAAAAUUGUUAAACGUUAUAAUGUUGCGACAAAUUUGGAUACUUUAAUACUGUUAGAUGAAGAUCCAAAUAAACCACGUGCAAGUGUAGCAAUGCAUGAUAUACCGGCUGCAACACUUCAUAAUGUUAUUUCUGCCAAUCAGUAUUUAGCGUUACCUCGUUUAUCAUCCCAGAGUAUGAUGGAUGCUGUUUGUCCUCCGGAAUGGUCACGACCACGAAAACGUUUGUGUGCAAUUUUAAUAACUGACCCGUCUAAUGAACAUGAUGGUGCACGAAAUGCUCUACGGACAUACGCUAGACAUGCUCCUUGGGGUGCUGAUCGUAUUCGAUUCACUUAUAUUUAUAUGGGCAAACAAACUGAAUUUAUUGAAACGCUUAAAAAUGGCGAAGGUAGCCCAUCUGAGCCACUACUACGAAUUGUAAUUAUUUGGAGACGUGAUACUUCUCAUAUUAAAUAUGAAUGGGUCCAAGGUGAAUGGGGUGACGGUGAAGUUGAUCCACAAUCUUCACAGGCAGCUUCUGAUGAAAAUAGUUUUAACGAUACUCGUCAACGGUUAGAUGAUACUAUUUCACGUUUGCUAAAAACUUCAGAAGCACUUAGCUAUGAAGCGGUCGUUAAUGAUUUGCUUGAUGAGCAUGCACAGGGAAUGAUUGCUAAAAUAUUAAUUAGAGUACUAUUGGGUUUAGAAGCAGUUUUUGAUGGCCUUGGUAAAGAACAUAUCUUGCCAGUUGUUUCAAUCAUUGGCACUAUUAUAAUUGUUGUUGUUAUUGGAUACGUGUUAACUAAUAUGGUCCGACAAGAAGAAGAGAGCAUUAAAGAGCAAUUAUUUAAUAAAACAAAUGGUAAUAAUAAUAAUGAUGGAUCGCCAAGAUCUCGUACAACCAAAUAUCAGCCAGAAUUACGAUUACAUGAACUUCGUGCUGAAAAGUAUAAUGGUUUAGUACGAUUAUUAAAACCUGGUUGUCGAACGAUUGUUUUGUUGGUUGACGCUCAAUCUAGACAACAAUUAAUACCUGAAUUUCAUCGAAUUGUUUGGGCUUACAGAAAGAAUAAAACUUUAAUGUUUGCACAUAUGUCUUUGGAACGAGGUUUAGGAUGGUAUAGAGAACUUUUAGAAUUAUCGUUACCCGAACAUCGAACAUUGAAUAUAAAUCCACGAAAUUGUGUUGGAACAGUUCUGGCAUUAAAUGGACAUCGAAAAUAUUUUUGUAUGUUCCAUGCUAAACAUCCAGAAUCAAAUAAAGGAAAUAAGCGAAUGAAUAAAAUGACCAAAAAAAUAGCAAAGCCAGGUGAUCCAGAAGCCGGCGCAUUUAUAGGAUUCGAAACGGAUACGUCAACAGAGAGCUCUGACGAUGAUCAAGGUGUUUUACUGCAAGGUAGUCUUCUAGAAGGUUUACCAAAUUGGCUAGAUCGUCUUUUUGAAGGUUCAACACAUCGAUAUUAUAUAAAUUAUUGGCCAGAUUUUACUGCUAAAUAAAAUAAUUUCGUACCUAGUACACACCGACAAAUAAAAGUAAAAAACAAAACAAAAAUGAGGAUUCUCGAUAAAAUAUCCUCUCUAAACAUAAUUUAAUUUAUACAAAUACAAAUUUAUUGAAUUGUUAUGAUGGUAUCUUAUCAGGAAGUGUUUUAUGUCUAAAAUUUUAUCCAAUUAAGCUUAUUGUUGUUAAUUGUUUUUUGUUAUUUUGAAAAUUAAUUUACUGGACUCCAUAUUUAUAUAUUUAU